AUGAGCACACCGCGACCACCCGUCACCUGUCAUAUUCUAGACACAACAACUGGCUGCCCUGCAAGCAACGUGAUAUGUUCUAUAUACAAAAUAGACAUGAAAGAGAAUGAGGACACUAUGGAUACCACGUCUGUCGAACCUUUUGCACUUGCACGAACCAAUGAAGAUGGUCGUGUUCCUUCUUGGGUGUUUAAUCCCGAUCCAACGAAGAGAGCAGAGUUAGAGGCGUUGGGGAUCUCUAAAGCAGGUUCAACACUAAGAUGGGACGUUUUGUGCCCUGGCGUAUACAAGGUAAGAUUUCAGACUGGCAAAUAUUUUGCACGUCAGGAUAAGAAGUGCUUUUUCCCCAUUGUAGACAUUAUAUUCGAAGUUUCAGAUACCAGACACUACCAUAUUCCGCUUCUCUUGAGCAACUACGGUUACACAACGUACCGAGGUAGUUAA